CUCUGGUGCACCUGCACCCACUCAAUGAAGUACCGUCUAUUGUGCCGUAUGUCAGCUCCUCCUCUUCGAUCUCGUCCCCCGCUUGCUUGCUCUUGAUCGGCGCUCCUUUAUUCACCACCCCGCUUGUUUUUGUCUGACAUAUUUUUAAUGCCUCACCUCCCGCAUAUCAUGUUGCACGCACCAUCCACGCAGUUCUUGUCUCUCGUUCUCACCAACCUUGGUGCAAUGAAUAACCGCUCACAAUCUUUUGCUCCCUUCAGAUCACAAUUGUCGAUAGCGUAUCAGUUGACCUUGCAGGACAAGGAGGGAACGACUGUCAGUGAAGUUAGGCACGUGCGGGGCGUGACAUGCGUCCUUUUGAAUUCUGCACGAGUUCUACUGGAAACUGACUCAGAGAAACGCAUUGAACUUUUCAAAGGUUUUGUUCGGAGGACAGCGGGAGUAUGUCCCAAGUUCCGAGCUGUUGCCCAAUCCCUACGCGAUAUCGUGGGUUUGAUGUUCCUGUUGAUGUAUUUAUGGGAUCGACAAUGGUGCAAGGACCUUGUAUUCAUAGAAGAGGCCUUUCAGCGAUUACUUCUUGAUUACGACCGUAUCUUCUCAUCUAUCCAACCCCCAGAUCUCCUUGUCUCCGCUGACGCAGACUCUCUUUUACUUGAAGCUCUUCUCUCAAGCGAAGCAGAACUGGACUUUGAUACACACUACGGUUUGCUUGCACCUUCGCAGACGGUCGUCGUGCGCGCAUAUACCGAUGACACUGAUGACCAGAUUCUCGCAGAACUGCAGCCGAGGUUCAUCGUGAUGUUUGAACCUAACCUUGAUUUCGUAAGGCGCAUCGAGGUAUACAGAAACUCAAAUCCUGGUAUGGGCGUCCGGGUAUAUUUCAUGAUCUACCAACUCAGUUGCGAGGAGCACAAGUACCUUGCUGGGUUGAGGCGCGAGAAGGACUCAUUUGAGAAGCUCAUCAAGGAGCGCGGAUCUAUGCUUCUGCCAAUCUUCGAAGACAAACACGCCGGGAGAAGCGAUGCAGUCAUCAAAACAAUCAGUACCCGUCUCGCAGGCGGAAGGAAGGAGUUGAGUACUGUGGCAUCGCAGGUGAUCGAUUGAUCGUUGACAUGCGUGAAUUCCGUUCCACGCUACCUUCGCUGCUACACGCAUCUGGUCUGCUCGUUAUUCCAGCGACGUUGACCGUCGGGGAUUAUAUCCUCACGCCGGAUAUUUGUGUUGAGAGGAAGAGCAUACCUGAUUUAGUGGCGAGCUUCAACAGUGGUCGAUUGUACACAGUGCGAGCUGAUGUCGGUGCACUAUUGCUUAUUGAGUUCGAAGAGAACAAAUCAUUCUCACUUGAGGUACAUCCAAAACCAGAUUUCAGAAGGUCGUCAGCAGCCUCGCCCGUCUUUAAGACCGUAGCAGAAUCUACGAAAUUAUACGCCAAACCCACAGGCAAAUAUCCUGCCAUCAAACUUCAUAGCGGCGCACCCGAAGGGGCACACGUUCAGGAUCAGCACUCCCAGCUAUCCCCGGUCUUGCUAUAGGCCCAAAACUCUCC